UGCAGGACCCCCAUGUCUCCUGUGAAGAGAAAUCUGAAGAUGAAUCUAUAGACCCCCAUGUCUCCUGUGAAGAGAAAUCUGAAGAUGAAUCUAUAGAAAUAAGUGAUGAAUUGAUCAGAUUCGCGAACAGGGUCAUCACUGAUAGCUGGCCACAACUUUCACAGUUUUUAAAUAAGUUCAUUAAAUAUGACUGUGAGAAAUUUCUGAGCAUCUACUUCCCCCUGCUCUCGACCUUAAAGAUACACCAUGUCGACGUUGGUAAAAAGGCCAUGAAAAUAACUGGAGUGACAAUAGAUUGGACGAAGAACAGAAAGCGCCUCUCCAUCGAUCUGAAAUUUGUAUUUUAUUUAGAUGGACUGCUGAGAUUUUCACUUGCAAAUGAAGUGUUCAGAUUCGAAGUAAAAAGAGUGCAGUUGAAUGGAAAAACCCGAGUCAUUUUCGAACCAAUCCUGGACAGACCACCAUUUUUUGGUGCAAUGGUCAUUUACUUCUCUGAAGAACCGGAGAUUCAUAUAACAUUUACGGACUUUUCAAAACUAGCCAACCUCUCUUUUAUUAACAAGUUUGUAACCAAAAAGUUCAUAGAGUUUUUAGGAAUGUUAUUCAUUAAGCCAACCUCUGUGAUAUUCCCAAUGGCCCUCAAUUUCAACGCUACAGAUCUGAACUAUAAAAAGACAGUGAAUAUAUUGCGUAUAUACAUAUUGGAAGCUGAGGGUUUUAGCACCGAGGACUUCACAGCAAGAACCCUUAAUUCUUACGUUGCCAUAAGCAGUGCCAAGCAAAGAGCAAGAACAAGUGUGGCCACCAACAGCCUCAAUCCAAGAUGGCACCAGGCAUUUGAGAUGGCAUUUAACGACAUCCCAGAGCAAGAGAUUGUAUUCCAACUCUUUGAAGACAGAUUGUUCAAGGACGAGUUGUUGGGCAGCUGCAGAAUCAGCGUGAAAGAGGCCAUGAAAGAUGCUAACCUUGAUAUAUGGCUCCCAUUUGAUAACGCGGCCCCUGGAAGGCUUCACAUUAGGAGUCAGCUGCUCAACCUUGCUUCUGACCCUGCCGAGCUUAGAAAGGUUCUGCUGGUGAACCAGAUGUCUCAGCCAGUACAGAUAAAGGAAUUUUCCUCAGCGGUCCUCCAUGUGCAUGUAAAGAGAGCCAGGGACAUUAAGAUGACCGUUGGAAACAAGAUGCCAACCACCCUUAUAAAAAUCAGUGUCCGGGAUAUUACUAAAUUUACCUUGUACCAUAUCAACACCACUGAUCCAGAAUGGAACGAGGCUUUCAGCUUCCUAAUUAAGGACCCCUAUACGGAGGAAGUGCAGUUGAUGGUAGAAGACCGGUAUCAUGGAUCCCUGGGCUCUGUAUCUGUGCCCAUCUGUAGGCUCCUGAUGGCAGAAAAUCUCACUAUCACAGACUGGUUCCAGCUCGGUCGGCUUGAACCUUGUGGUGCUUUACGGGUUACACUCGAGUUGAAGAUUUUGGUUACUCCCUUACCCAUUGGAAAUUAUGAAAAUCAGAAAUCCAAAGUUUCCAGCUCUCAACAGCCUAAACAUAAGACUGUGAAUAAGCCAAAAGCUGCCCCCAAAUUUUGUAUAAAGAGAAGACCCCCAUUCAGGAAAAAUUUAAAAAAGCUGCAUAAACCAGAGAGACUGCCCAAAGCAGCAACUGGUGGAGAGACAACCAGUGACACUGAACAACCAGAAAUAUGGAGACAGACAAAUGUACGUGCAACUUCCACAAAUUCUGAAGAAGCUGGGGAAAAAGGGGAGCAACCAAAGAAGACAAUAAUGCAGAAAGUAAAGGCAAUCCUACGAGCAAUAAGAACUGUCUGCAACAAAUGAAUUCCACGGCGCCAUUCAACGUCCAAGUGACUUUCUACAUUAAUUCGACUAAUGCAAAGAUGGCAGAUUUGAGAUUAUUACUGCUUCGCUUCCAAUUGCACCUAUUAUGUCAUUACAGCCCCUGAUAGUGGGAGGGAUUUUGGGUGGAUCAGGGGCGUUUUUGACAACUGGACAAUACCUAAAUUGUCCUGAUUUUAGAGAGGAGUUGUGCCAUUUUUUACAUCUUCCAAUUAUAUUUUGAAUACAAUUUUUUUAUG